CCUCGUAGCCGGCACAGGUCACUCCCCGAAUACAUGCUGGUUGUCAUCAGCAGCAGCAACAGCAGCAGCAGCAUCAUCAUCUUGACGCAGCGCUCGAGCAGAGGUGUACAUGGUAGCAGUAUAGACGCAACUCAGCGCACUCACGCACUUCUAGCACGCACGCACGCGGUUACUCACGAGCGCGUGAGAGUGUACGUAUGUAGCGCGCUCUCAAAUGUGUUAUUAUUACUACUAAACACGAGUGACGUAGUUGCCAUUACCGUCGCCCCGUGGGGUCCUGCCUUGGCACACACAGUUACACACACACACGGAGGCGCGCUCUCACACACACACACACGCGCAGGAGUUCGCGCGCGCGUUCAGGCAGCGUACGCGAGCGCACCGCACGGAGGAGACCAGGAGCGGAGAGAGACAUCAACACGCGCGCUCCCAGCCCGAGCAGCGUAUGGCAUGUGGCUCGUCAGCGUCCUCCUUCUCUGCCCAGUCCUAACCGCACGGAGCAAUGAGGUGGGCCCCAGCCUGCACUACGCGGCCGGCUUCCCCCAGCAGGUGACCUUUCUGGCACCGGCGGGCACGCUCCUGCCCUGCCCGGUGUCCGGAACGCCCAGCGCUCGCAUCUCGUGGUACCGCGAGCUGGGGAGCCCCGCGAGCGACGAGUCCGAGGAGGUGCACGACUCGCUGGGCGUGCGGCAGCUGCAUCCCAACGGCUCCCUGCAGCUGCUGCCCAUGACGGGAGAGAAGAGCGCCGGCCCCAGCCUCCACGACGGCACCUAUUACUGCACGGCGGAGAACGCCGCGGGCAGACUCCGCAGCCUGCCCAUUCGGCUGACCGCCGUGUUUCGUGAACCGUACACGGUGCACGUGGAGGACCAGAGAGCCAUGUUGGGCCAGACGGCCGUCUUCCGCUGUCUCGUGCCGCCCUCUCUGAGCGAACACAUCUCCAUCGUCUCAUGGGAGAAGGACACUGAGCCCAUAAGCUCCGGAGACCGCUACCGCAUCUCGUCCACGGGAGCGCUCUACGUGUCGGACGUGCAGACGGAGGAUGGCCUCUCGAGCUACCGCUGCUCCACCCGCCACCGCUACACGAGCGAGACACGGCAGAGCAACAGCGGCAGGCUGACCGUCACUGAGUUGGUGAACUCCGCGCCGUCGAUUCUGGACGGCUUCUCGUCGCACGUGGUGGCGGCGUCGGGUUCGCGCUCCGAGCUGGCGUGCACGGCCGCGGGCCACCCGGCGCCACGCUCCCGCUGGCUCCGCGACGGCGUGCCGCUGCCUCCCGACCGGCGGCGGGGCGCGGGUGGCUCGGGCCUCGUCAUCACCGACACGACGGUGGAGGACUCGGGGGCCUACGUCUGCGAGGUGUGGAACAGCUUCGGGGUGGCGGCCGUCAGCGGGAGGCUCACCAUCAAAGCCCCCGUGGUGGUGAGGGUGGAUCCACACCGCCUCAAGACCACGCUGAGCGGCACGGCGGAGUUCUCCUGCGAGGUGUCGGGAGCGGCGGGCGACGGCAUGGUCACGUGGUUCCACAACGGCGACCCGCCGACCCCUACGGCGAGCGUCUCGGGGGCCCAGGGCGAGCGGCUGUCAGUGCACGCGGCCGGCAGGAGUGACGGUGGGACGUACCAGUGUGUGGCGCGGGGCGAGGGGGGAGACACAGCCCAGGACUUCUCCAUCCUCAUGCUGGAGGACGGUAGCCCGAAGAUCGCCUCGUCGUUCAGCGAGCGCGUUGUAAGCCCCGGGGAGCCCUUCUCGCUGCAGUGCGUCGUGCGCGGCUCCCCGCCCCCCACCAUCGCCUGGACCCUCGACGGCGAGCCGGCCCUCUCGCGCGACGCUCCCCAUCGCCGCGGCAACCACAUCGUCACCCCCGGUGACGGCGCGGGGCCUGCUGCUGCUGCUGCUGCUGCGGCGGCGGCGGCGGCAGGGGCAGAAGCGAGAGGGGCAGAAGCGGGAGAAGGUGGAGGAGAAGGUGGAGGCGCCGUGGUGACCGGCUACCUGAACGUGACGGGCGCGCGCGUGACGGACGGCGGGGUGUACCGCUGCCAGGCCGGCAACGCCGCGGGCCAGGCCGAGUACCAGGCACGCAUAAACGUAAGAGGAUCUCCGAGCAUCCGCCCGAUGCGCAACGUGACGGCUAUUGCCGGCAGAGAAGCCUACCUCCACUGCCGCGUCAUCGGCUACCCCUACUAUUCCAUCCGUUGGUUGCGGGAAGGCACUCCGCUACCCUAUAACCACAGGCAAACGGUGUUCGCCAAUGGAACAUUACGCCUGGCAGACGUGCAGAAGGGCAUGGAUGAGGGGGCAUACAUCUGCAGCGUGCUGGUGCAGCCCGGAGCCAGCCCAAGCCGGAGUCUUAUUGUCACUGUGAAAGAGCCGCCACUCAUCCAGCCAUUCGAGAUGCCGGCGGUAACGCAGGGCCAGCGCGUCUACGUGCCCUGCGUGAUCGUGUCCGGCGACUCGCCCAUCCGCAUCACGUGGCACAAGGACGGGCAGCCGCUGCCGCCUCGCCUGGGCGCCCAGGUGGAGACAACGGAAUUCAUCAGCUCGCUGCUCAUCCCCAACGUCACGCAGCUCCACAACGGCAACUACACGUGCCUGGCGAGGAACGAGGCUGCCACCGUCAGCCACGGGAGUCAGCUGAUCGUCAGAGUGCCACCACGUUUCGUGGUUCAACCCAAGGACCAAGAUGGGAUUUUCGGGAAGCCUGUGGUUUUGAACUGCUCAGCCGAUGGCUACCCAAUACCCAAGAUUAUCUGGAAGUACUCAAAAGGCAACGGGAACCCACAGUUCCAGCCAGUGCUGAGUGGGGGUGGCCGCUUCCAGCCGCUCGGCAACGGAUCCCUGCUCCUCCGCCAGGUGCAGGAGGAGGAUGGAGGCUUCUAUCUGUGCCAAGUCAGCAAUGGAGUGGGCACCGACAUCAGCAAGUCGAUGCUGCUCAACGUGAAGAUCCCGGCCCUCGUGACCUCGCAGGCCAACGUGACGCUGGCGACCCGAGGCCAGCACAGCAACCUGCAGUGCUCGGCGCGCGGGGAGAGACCCAUCAUCAUCCGCUGGGAGAAGGAGGAGACGCUCAUUGAUCCCGAGCGCAUGUUCCGCUACGUCGUGUACACGCAGGACACGGGAGAUGAGCUGCUCUCCACCCUGCAGAUCCUGCCCACGGUACGCGGAGAUUCUGGCUUCUUCACGUGCCACGCCAUCAACUCUUACGGCGAGGACAGAGGGCUCAUCCAGCUCACCGUGCAAGAGCCCCCGGACCCCCCAGAGGUGGAGGUGAGGGAGGUGAAUGCUCGCACCAUCACCUUGCGAUGGACCAGCGGUUUUGACGGCAACAGUCCAAUCACCGCCUUUGACAUUGAGUACAAGAACAGAUCAGAUACUUGGGAACAGAAGCAGAGAACCAAGGACAUUUCGUCCACCAUCAACCAAGCGACCAUCAUUGACCUCCAUCCCGCCACACACUACGUGUUCCGCGUGUAUGCCAAGAACCGCAUCGGCGCGAGUGAGCCCAGCAAGGAUCUGCCCAUCACCACACAAGAAGCUGCUCCAGAUGGACCUCCUUUAGAAGUCAUAUUGGAGCCUCAAUCUUCGCAGAGCAUUCGUGUCACAUGGAAGGUACCGCAUGGGCACCUACGCAACGGUGUCAUCCGGGGCUACCAGAUCGGCUACCGCGAGGCUGAGCCGGGCAGUGGGGCCUUGUCGCAGUUCAACAUCGUGCGGCUGGAGAGCACGGGCGAGCGCGAGUCUUGCCUGCUGCAUCACCUCAAGAAGUUCACGCGCUACGCCGUGAUGGUGCAGGCCUUCAACCUGGCCGGCAGCGGCCCGUCCUCCUCCGAGGCCUACGCCGCCACGCUGGAGGACGUGCCAAGCAAACCUCCCGCAAACAUUCAAGCCGCCUCCAUAUCGGCUGACGCCAUCACCCUGUCGUGGUCGCCUCCGCCCCGCGACGCGCACAACGGCCUCCUGCAGGGAUACCGAGUCAUUUACUACCCUGUUCUUCCCGACGGAGAGCUUGGAGAUGUGAGAAACUUGACCACGAGCCAGCUGAGAGCCGACCUCAGGGACCUGGAGAAGUUCACCAACUACAGCCUUCAGGUUCUGGCGUUCACUCGCGCCGGAGACGGAGUCCGGAGCGUGGCCACCUUCGUCUGCACGCAGGAGGACGUCCCCUGCCCACCUGCGGCUGUUAAGGCUGCGCCUGCUUCAGCCAGCAGCGUCGUGGUGUCCUGGCUUCCACCCGCCAAGCCCAACGGGAUCAUCCGCAAGUACAUCGUGGUGUGCGCCUUCCCCUACGUGCCCCACCCCCUAAUCAGCGAGUACGAGGUGAGCCCGGAGAGCACCCACCACUCCAUCAGCAACCUCAGCCGGCACCGCCAGUACAGCGUGUGCGUGGCGGCGGUCACAUCGGCAGGGCGAGGGAACAAUACGGAGAGUGUCAGCGUGGAGCCGUCUCCGAAUGCUCCUGCUCGCAUCUUGUCCUUUGGUGGCCCCAUCUCCUCGCCGUGGAUGCGUGACGUGGAGCUCCCAUGCCGCUCUGUGGGGGAGCCCACACCUGUUGUCCGAUGGACGAAGGAAAGUGACACGUCGCAAGUGGCAGUGCCUGCUGACGAACACGGCUCCUUCCUGCCAAACGGCAGCCUACUUCUACGCUCCGUUCGAGCAGAAGAUUCGGGAGACUACAGCUGUACAGCCUCCAACGCGUGGGGCUCUGACGCACUGCUAAUAACCCUCCUGGUCCAAGUGCCUCCUGACCAGCCCAGGCUGAGUGUUUCUAAAACGAGUGCCUCUUCUAUCACUCUAUCCUGGAUCCCAGGAAACAAUGGAGGAAGUCCUUUACGUGGCUACCUGUUGCAGUACUCGGUUGACCGCAGCGAGCAGUGGGAGGAGAUGGUCAUCUCCCCGCACCAGAAGCGCUUCGCCCUGGAGCGGCUUCGCUGUGGCACGUGGUACAAGUUCACGCUGGCCGCGCGCAACGUCGUGGGCACUGGCCGCAUCAGCGAGAUCAUCGAGGCCAAGACGCACGGCAGAGAACCGCACUUCGUCAAGGACGCCGAGUUGGUGCUGCCCAUGAACGCGAGCGUGGUGCGCGUGAACCUGCGAGGCUGGGAUGACGGCGGCUGCCCCAUAUCAUCCCUGGCCCUCGAGUACCAGCCCAGCGGCGCCGGCGUCUGGAGCCCGGUGCUGGAGACGUCGGACGCGGCCGCCCCCAUCAUGCUGGCCGGCCUGCUGGAGGCCACGUGGUAUCGGCUGCGCAUGCGCGCGUGCAACGCCGCCGGCUGCGCCGAGCACAGCGCCGACUUUGCGACGCUCAACUACGACGGGAGCACCAUCCCGCCGCUCCUGAAGGCGACGGUGAAGGUGAACAACGAGAACCUGUCACCGAGCCAGGAGCUGCGGCUGCUGCUCAUCGUGUCUUGCCUGCUGGGCCUCGGUCUGCUCACGCUGGCUCUGCUCGUCUACGUCCGCCGCCGCCGCCGGCAGCAGAGGCUCAAGCGUCUGCGAGACGCGAAAAGUCUUGCGGAGAUGCUGAUAAGCAAAAACUCGCGCCCCGUGGACACGCCGGUUAAGAGGGAGCAGCAGACUCCACGAAUCCACAUCGACGUCCCCCGGGGGCAGCUUCUGAUUGAGAACAAGGACAGCACGGAGCAGCUCGAGGGGGAUGACAAGUCGACCAUUCUCCUCACGGACUCCGAUUACAGUCAGGCUGGGAAGUCACGGACGUACAGCGGGGGGCACACCUUGCCUCACCCCCAUCCUCACCCCCAUCCUCACCCCCAUCCUCACCCGCACCCUCACCCCCAUCCUCACCCUCACCCAGCUCCAGCUGCAGGACCCGUCGACACGCUCAUCGAUACCUCCAACACACGACCGGGCACAAACCCAGUGUCGCGCAAGCACGUGCGCCACCCGCCCCCGCCACCCCGGAGCCGCUACGCCAGCCAGUGGACCCUGAGCCGCCUGCAGGGAUCCGCCUGCGCCCGCACGCUGCCGCCGGACUGCCGCGUGAUCACGCCCCGGGCGGCCGACUGCCGCGUCAUCACGCCACGCACAGGCGAGAGCGACAGCUACAGCAUCAGUCCCUCUCAGGACACAGACAAGGGCCGGAACAGCAUGGUGUCGACGGAGAGCGCGUCGUCCACUUACGAGGAGCUGGCUCGAGCGUACGAGCACGCGCGCAUGGAGGAGCAGCUGAAGAACGCCACCUUCGAGAUCACCGAGUGCUUCGUCUCCGACACGUCCUCGGAGCAGCGGCUGACGGGCGGCACGGCGGGCACGGGCGGCGAGCCCGGCGGAGACAGCCUCACGUCUGGCAGCACGCCCAGCGAGUCGGGCAUCUGUCGCUUCACCGCCUCUCCGCCCAAACCGCAGGUGGCGAGCACGAACCAGGGAAGCAUGGCCAUGCCCAUUGCGCACCGUGCAGGAGACUACUGUAACCUUCCAGUCUACGUGAAGAGGGAAGGGGCCGCCGGGAAGGUGGCGGCUCCGCGGGAGGUCGCCGUGCCCCAAGCGAGCGGAAGCAACAUCCCCGAACCGCAGGCCAGCUUCCCCAAGCCACCGGCUUCAAGCGCUGGCAGAGAACAACCUGCACCGGUCCACACUGCCUUCCCUCCAGCCAACGCGCCACCGCCCUCCUCCGAAGGGCCUCCUCUACCGCCUCCUGCCAACGCGGCCCAUCGUCAUGGCUCCAACCCUUCCAUCAGACCUUCAGGCUCUAGAGACUCGAUAGAUGAGCAAGGCUUAGCUGGACCCAGCAGGCCUCAGAAGCCUGGUGCUAAUGUUUACUCAAAGUCUUACACACUGGUUUGAUAUUUCUCACGCAGUAUAGUUUGUUUGAUGCCGAUGGAUGACAUUUCUAUGGUCUUAACCAAGAUAUGAAAUGUCUAAAAAGUAGAUGACAAUUUUUGGAACUUUAGAACUAUAUUGUGUUUGUGUGUGUCUUAAGGAACCAACAGGUUAUAGACUACAUUUGCAGUUUGCUUCAACGAUUGUGGGCUGCUGAAUUUUGAAAGAAAGGGUUUUAAAAUGUAUCCUUUUGAAUGGACCCUCUGAAAGUCAGGCUAGAGUAAGUCAAGUCGCUGCUAAACAGUCUAGGUUUGGCCUUGAAUACAUAUGGCUAAUUUAACCAAAGCAAGCCAUAGCAUGAAAAAAAAACCAUCCAAAAACAUAGAUUUAGGCUGGAAGUAUCAGUAAUCAUCCUUGUGGUAACUAAACAAACCAUUAAACAUCAGUACAUCAGUCAGCAAGUCAACCUUUUUUUAUUAUUUUUGCUGUAGUUUUGUUUUAUUUUAAUGAAAAUGCGUACAUUUUAAUUAAAUUCAAUAUAAGGGCACUUGCGAUAAACUGAACAUCUUGCUGGAUACCUUUGAUGAUUAAAGGUGACCACUGCAACACAAGUAAUAUUGAAUACUGACCCCUGGGGCAUGAACCAUAUGGCUGGUGCUGCAGAUAUUGAAAGCAGGAAUGAAUCAUGUUGAACUAUUUGCAAUUCAUUGACAGUGUAAGAAGGGGAUUAGCUGUUUAAAUAAGGUAUUUUGUAAUAUGGUACUUGGACUAUUAAUGUGCAGAUAAUGUAUUUUGUACAUAGUGAAAUGGAUUGAAUGUCUAAGCCUAUACUUUUUUAUACGGGCAAUGACGACCCUAUGGUAUUUGCUAAGUUAAUAUUUAAAAAUCCUAAAUUAUGAACCGGUGAUUAUUUAUUGGGGAUAAGUGAUGUUUAAUUCUGUUCUAUAUAUUUGUUUCUGGGUUAUAAUAAAACAUGGCAGAGCUUGCUGCAUGGUUUUGUAUUUCAAUUCAGAGUAUGGUAUUUCAAAACUUGCUGCUAUGCCACGUACACAUUAAGAUAUUCUUAACCCUACUUCAUUUUAAGUAUUUAUGAACUGUGCAAUAAACAGUUUUUUGUGACUGUGGAUACAGGAGUAUAGUAUCUCCAUCUCUUAGGCUCCCAUGUAUAAUUACAGCAUCAUGGUUUUGCUGUGUAACAAUCAGGGCAUUCAUAGAUACCCUCCAUGAAAAUGAAUUUUCAUUUGGAUAAUUGCCACUUGAAAUGUACUUCACAUUAUGUUUGUCCUAGCUACUAUACGGCGCUUUUAAAACACAACUCAAAAACAGCUAUAAUUAAUUUGUGUACAUGCAUGGAGAGUUUUUGUGACACUACAUGUUUUGACCUGUUAUUAAAAAGAAAUGCAAAUUGUGUUUACAAUUGGACUAAGCCUAGGUGUUCAGUCAUAAAUUACAAUUAGAAAUUAGCUCAUGCACUCGUUCAAAGCCAAGAGAUUUCAGACAGAUUAUGAUCGUUAUUAGUGUUUUUUUGUCAUCGUGUCAGCCGCAAUGACACAAACUCUAAAAAGACCAACAGGAACCGUGCAGACAAAGGAGUAAAGUCCCAUCAAGCUCACCAUCUCCAUCUCUCAGCUUCCCACUUCUUUGCCUCCAUGGUCUUUUUUUAUAUGUGGUGAUUUUUUUUUUGUUGAAUGCUGCGAUAAAAUCCUGGUAAUAUUGCAUCGAGCUGGCCUGGCUUAUCAAGUCUGAUGAAUGGCGCAGGACGAGAACACGACAAAUAUCCCCGAUGCGGAAAUCCCUGCUCCACGUUUGUCUCGGCAAAUCCCAUUUGAAAGCCUUUAAUAAUGCAGAGGUCAGAAGGGAUAUGCGCAUUUUAUUUAUUUAUUAUACAUGUAUUCUUUAUUGUUAUUGAAUCCCGGUCUGCGUAGUGAAAAUGUGGCAAAUAUCUGAUAAUUUUUUAAAAUGCUUGGCUCAGUGGGAAUACAAACACUUGACUUAGUCAGGUUCUGGGUAUAGUGAAGUGACGAGACGAGCAAAGGAAACGUUAAAAUGGAAUGAGAUUUUGUCUCGAGGCCUUUGUUAAGCAUACACGCAGGCAACACAACUGUGAUGGCCCCGGACAAAUUAUAAGGAGGGACAUGGCAAUAUUUAACUAAAAGUACACCUUCAUUUAACUAGUUUUUUUUUACUAAAAGCGUUUGCAUAAAAACAAAGGACAAUCUUCGACAACAAAAAAUACUCACAUUACCCUAAUGGAAAUUUCCCAAGUGCCAUUUUUUUUUACUAUUUACACAUAGCUUUAACAUGCCGUAACCAACAAUGCAGCUUGUACCAAAAAAUUAAAUUAUAUCGCAUCGCCAGUCUGCUGCCGCCUUGGCAGUAAAAUGUGACUGCGCAUGGUUCAACCAGCAGCGAGGAAAUGUGGGAGGGGUGGGGGGUGAAAUGCAGCCACUGAGACACGGCCAACGAGCCGUGCAGGGAGAUGGCGCUGAUUACAUUUCUCUCGCCAAGGCCUGGCACACCCAAAGUGGCCUCUCCUGUGGAAUAUGACACCGUUUUUACGGUCCUUCGAAGCUACACGGGGGGGAGGGGGGGGGGGUGCUUUUCUCUCUCUCCCGCCCCACAGCACCUCGAACAUUGUGAGUUGUGCUUAAUCCAUAUGUGCACCUACCACAUGAAUGGUCCGGGCUUCUCAAAGUCGUGGGGGUCAGAAAGCAGACAAGGCAUACUGGAGGCUUUCUGCCAGGGUUUAGUAUGCUCGGGGUUUAGCAUUGUGUGGGAGAUCCUGGCACACGAAUCUUGGAGAACCCGAAUCAUCUCUCAGCACUGACUCGUCGUUUGCAAGUUGAAUGUCACCGCACUUAAGCCACCUGAACUUUUGUCGCUUUACAAUGUCACCGAUUAAUGAUAAUUGUGUUUGUCAACGUUUUUUAUUAAAUGUUCCCAUUUAUAUUUAAUGUUUCAAAUGAGCUCAAGAUGGGAUAUUUUUAAUGCACCGUUUAUUGACUAUUUACAUGAACAAUAGCUAAUAUGUAGCCAAUGUAGUGAUAGCAUAGCCGUAUUCCGUAAUUAACUUGUCACUCUGUUCUGUUGUGCUCGAUGAACCCUUGGUGAUGACCUUUAAGUAACUUCUCUUAAAAUAGACUCCUUAGAGUGGCUUCAAUGUCAAGAUCACCUGAAUUCAAUUGGAAGAGUGGAGUCAGUUUUCUUUGCCAGAAGCAAAGUCAAUGGAAGGGAUGGGAUCGGCUUGGAGAUGGCAGUGUAGGUCAUCCUCCACGGAGGAAGCUGGAGGCUGGAGUCACAGGUCACAUCAUUUUCAGCCGUUCCUUGUCAGAAACAGACAGGGUAAUACAUGAGAGAACUGCAUGAGACACUCAGCCGUCAAUCCAUAGUGAAGCAAUUAAUGGUUGCUUGGACUUUUGAAUUAUUGGGAUCCCGAAAAAAACCUCUGGGAAUUGCCUAAGGCUGAAUCAAAAAGCCAAAGUAAAGAGCUCUUCAAAAGUGACAAGGGUACAUGAUAGAAAACUUUAGCAAGACACGGGCACUUUUAAUUAGAAUUUCAUAUGAAUGUGCGUUUAACCAUCUGAGAUGUGCAGGACACUUUUCUUUUUUGAUGGACACGAUUAUAUUUUUUGGCCAUUCACUCAGGUAUUCGUAUCGCCGCAGCAUUAUGUACAGUAGAUCACUAAGAGGUGCCUCUGGAUGUUGCAGUUUGUAUCGGCCAACGAGAAGCUUCAUCGUGAGAGCAGGGGUGAGCAGCACGGGGCACCACGGGAAGCCACCGCGAAACACGGCAGAAGACGUUCAAAGUUGGAGAUGCAGCAAAGUGGCGGGCGCGGUCUUCCGCGGUGCCAGUGACCUGGCGUUUAAAUCCAUUCUCCCGCUCCAAAUGUCAAACCGCUUAAUUUGGCUUCUAAUUGGCUCCUCUUCCCGCUGAAGGGUCCUGUGCAUGUUGACACGAGCACCUCGGCGAGCCCUAAUUUAAUCCAAUACUUUCAGUUACCAGCUGGAAAUCGCUAAACCUCACUUCACAAGACUGGCAGUGAAUGAAACGUGCACCGCAAGAACAUGUAUUAGUAAUGCUGGCGAGUUCAUCAUUCGAGAUAAUUGGAAACAAAUAAGUAAUUUACCUUGAAUCUGAACAUUAUUAAACUCUAAACACUGCACCGUAAUUUUCUACAGCUGUGGAAUUGCUAUCAUAAUUAUUCUCUCCCAAUAAAUAUUGGACCUUGUUUGAUGGUAAAAAAUAAAUUGAAAAAGGAUUUGCCCAAAUGGCAAGGCUUGUUGCCUGUACAAAAGCUUGCCAAUCUGAAUUCAAAUCACAUGAAAAUGGGAAAAAAAAAUACCUAUUUUAAGUGUACAAUAAUAAAUCUGCUCUUUUCCCAAACAGUGGACACUGAUGGCAGUAAUUUAUAAAUUGCAAUUAUAAUUAAUUAUAAGUAGCCUUAAUUUCUAAACAACCUAGAAAGUGCAGGUGCACAUAAAAGCAAACGUAGUUUAUUCUGCCAUCUCAUGAAACACUAAGAUGCAGAGUUACGUGUGGAAAGUUUAUGGGAUUAUAAAAUUAACGGAAAGUAUUAUUUGACGGCACAUGGGCCACGAUUAUUUAGCAAGGGUCUCUGUUGCGGAUUCGUUUAUUGGAAGGUGAGAAAAGUGCUAAGCACCCCUCAUCAGCACUUGCAUAUGACACAUUUUUGCUGACUAAUUACUCGAGUUGUCUACCUGCCUGUUUCCAGCAUUGAGAAUUCUAAGCAACACUUCAAUUUGGGGAAUGCGCAAACAGGCAUUCUUUCAUGUAAUCACAAAAUGUAGCUUGACAGAGGUUCCCCAUCCACUAAACCUUCGUUGAUAUAAGUACCACCACUGCAGGCUAGAUGAAAAUGGUUUUGUGGGCGAUUGUAUAUUUGUGUAAGUGUAAUAUAAAAAAUAUAUAUGUACACCUGUCUCUCAAUAUAUUUGAAACGAAUUGUGAAAUUAUUAUUUCUCUUUGAAGACCAUCUCAAGGUGAGCAUGCAACAUAAAUAAAUACAAGCCAAUGUCAAUCGACCAACGGUUGAAGGCUUCCCCGUGUCAUGUCGGUCAUGAUGGUUAUUAUUUUUUUACCAUACUUCACCAAGCUUGCGUCAGUGUGGGUUGGUAAAUGGUGGGAGGGGGCAGGACUGAUAUUCACUCGCCACUGAUGGUAGCCGUGGCCGGUAACCUAACUCAAGUCGCCGGACGCAUCCUACAAGCAUGCUAACCAUUCUGCCACCGCUCCACCGAAUUCGAUGUCAUUUAUUUUAUUUUCCUUACAAAUUAAUAUUCAUUUUAAAAAAUAUCACAAAAUAACGAAUAUAUGUAUGUUGAACUUCUUUUGCAUCGGAGGUGCGACUGAAUAUGUACAAUAUGAAUCGAAUACACCCCUGCCGUUACGUAUAGGACAGUGCCGUUUAGCUGUUCCAGACAACGAACGUUGCGGGGCCAUUUCUCUGCCUGGACCUGCUUUUAUUUCCUGCUGAUUCCCUUUUUCUUUGCGCUUGCCUCCUGGAAGCGCAGGUCGAAGAAGUGCGAGACCCAGGAACCACCCGCUACAAUAGUUCUCGAGUUUAGGCCAACAAGAUAUUCACAAAUAUUGCGAAAGUUUGAGAGAGACACACAUCACAUUACACAUCCUUAUAUCCACACAAAAGCGGUAUAUUUUAUUCAAUUGGCUUUCCAGAUUUACACGAGCCUGCAGCAAUCGUUUAAAUAUGCAAACACUGAAGCCACAUUAGUCUGGAGGUUUAUAGGCAAAAUUAUAUUGAGUGUUCAUGUGGCGAUAUUGAAGCAAAAAGUGAUUUAUUUAAUUUGUUAUCCAAAAAGCUUCACUGAAGCGCUUGGUGAGAUAUAUGCGUAUAUUUGGGAAGGAGAGAGACUUAAUUUCUACAACAAUUGUGUGCAUGCGUUGCAAAGCAUGGUAUUUUGACAUCAUGUAUAUAGACUCACUUGUAUAAAAGGUACAUUUAAAUGCGUAUUAAUCAUAUAUCUUAACAAUUUCAGGAAUUAUUCAACUACUUUUAUUGUAAUUGUUAAUAUUUCUAUGUUUAUGCUUCGUAAAAAUAUAUAUUAAUGUAUGGUCAUAUCUGGGAAGCUGUAAGCAUGGUCCAGGCUGAAUCGUGGCUUUAAAAGGGUCACUGCCAAUGCACGCAGGGUUGCCCACAGGUGGCUGGCGAGCUGUGCUAAGUGGUGGUCAGCAGAGGGCAGUGCAGAAAAAUUCAUUGUCGGACUUUUAUUCAACCCCCAUGUCUAUGCUCCUCACCUUUACCAACGGGGCAAGGGACCAGCGCAGUGAAGUAUGGUCAAAUAUUACCCGUGACCGGCAUAGCAUGGAAGAGACUCUAAUGCAGCAGUGUAUUGACAAAGGACUGCAAAGCGUGCAUCAUCAUUAUCAUAAUCCUCAUUAUUGUUUUGAUGUAUUUGGGCUUUUCGCUAAAAUUCCGCACCUAAGCGGAGUCUAAUGCGUUACAUUGGCAUGUGCGAGUGCGUUCGCGUGCGAGCCGAACGGGCCAGGGUUGAGCAAAGCCCUCAUCUCCGUUGGCCUCUCAGCCAGCCUCUGAUUGGCUGCUGUGGGGUUUUUGUUGUUGUUGCACGAUGGAGCUUCACCCAUUUUGAAGAACAAAACCUGGCCUGAAAUUGCUGAUUUCAUUCGGUGGAAUCUUCAGCUGCGUUGGUGAAUUAGGCCUCACGAAUUUUAACAAUCCCAAUCCACCAGGUGUAGUUCCGGUUAAGCUUAAGAAUGUAAGAAUGCGUCCCACAAAUUAAAAUGUAGUUGCCAUCCUCCGUGCGCUCCUUUUCUCUUUGUCAACCCCAGGUCACAGGGUGGUCAGAAUAAUUUCUUUAUUACCAUGAAAAAUAUGAUAUCGUGCCCGAGUCUACUAUAUCCUGGUUUCUUGAGUUCUCACCUAGUUAAACAAAAUAACCGUACAAUUUAUUCGUGAAAUUCGUCAGUCAAUUGCAACUUUCAUGUGAAUGAUUACUUGAGACUUGUUGAAGAAUUUUUUUUAUAUAUAUUGAGCACAUUUGAAACCCAUGCAGUGUCUCUCCCCUGACCUAUUUACCUUUACCCUUUUUCAGAAGGAAUCUUUAGUGCAGUGGAAAAUCUAUGGCAAUAGCCGAGUCACAGAAGACCACGGGUGAUCAGAUAGGGUUCUGGGACACUUAUAUCUGGCAGAACUCGUAGCUUGUGUUAAAUCUUCCGGAACAUAUGGCUGGUAGAUUAGAAUAAGCUUUGGAAGAUAACACUGGAUAGCGCAUUGAAAUUAAUUCUCACGGGAAACAGAAUAAGAAACAUUUUCAGGCCAAACAUUAAAACUGACAGUGAUACAUGACACCCAGAAAUGUAUGCUGUCGCUGGUCCACCAUGCAUAAGAUUAAAUUAAUUUGUGCAUUAACUUUUAACAUUUGUGUCAUCAUCAUCAGCCAGUGGACAAUUCACUGCUGGAUGAAAGCCGCCCCAAGCUGCCUGUACAUCUCACAAUCCUGCGGAGUAAUUGUCCACCUGCACAUGAACUGCUUUUAUCGCUCCAUCUCCUUCCGUGGACGUCCUUCUGGAUGCGUUGCAACCCUUGACUGCCGCUCCGUUAUUUUUUCUUGACCAUUGGCCAUCGUCCCUUCAAGUGGCGUGUCCUGCCCGAGUCCACUUGCUCGUCUUAACCGUGUGAUUUUUUUUUGCAUCUAAGGUAUUUUAUUCGAAUGUUGAAUUGAUAUAAAAGGAAUAUAUAAACGUUACAUCAAAUACAUUUCAUAAAAACGAUUACGUUUGAGCCUUUGGAAUAGCUGAAAUUAUUCAAUUGCACUUGCUGGUACAUGUUAUAGGCGCAUCUCGUGUUUGCGAGCAAAAUUCGAUAUUUUAUGAACAGCUGUCUUUUUUUUAGAAGAUUCAUUUAAUUGGUUUCUUGCAUGGGUAAUACAUGCAAGAACAGAAUAUCACAUGCAACCUGCUUUAAUUACCACUGGCAUAUCACAGAUUGCAGAAUAGUAAGAACUGUUUAAUAAUUGGUCUUUGCUAAGAUUUCAUACUAGUAUUGCGUGCUUAUACAUCUCUGUAGGUGUGUGUGUCACAUAUGGUGUACUGUAUACAAGGGAUUAACUUGUUGUUGUUUGAUAUUUUCUAAACUGUGGUGUAGCCUUGUCCAGUGGUAUCUUUAUGUACAUGACAAUCCGCAUAUGCUGGGACAAUUGUAUUUCUGUGUUCAUAUUUCAUAGACUAUGAAAUGCAACUUGACAUAAUGGGGGACAGGCAAGAUAGUGAAAUGAAAAUAGCCCAACAUUACCCCCUGGCUUAGAUUGUGAAAUGUGAUUGGGUGAACAGAGUCCAAUCUAAUAUGAAACGCACACCCUUUGUACCAAAGGUGUGCUGUUGUACCUGACCUAACAAAACAACCUCAAAUAUAUUUCACACACAUUUCAAGAUGACAAUGUGACAAGCUCCCUUUUGAGUUUGAUGACCAUGGAAGGCACAUUAUAAUAUAAAUGUGCAAUUUU